ACAUUAAAGCCCCCCUGCCUCCCUCUCCAUCCUCGCUCCUUUCUCUUCACCCCAUCACUUUACGGAGGGCUGGCGGCGUGACAGCAUCCUCCCCCUCCCUCCUCCUCCUCCUCCUCCUCCUCCUCCUCUUCCCCACUGGGUACCGGCCGGCCCCACCACACUGUGCCAGCGGGGGCUACUGCAGCGCAGCGCACCGGAGCCGGAGCUGGAGCUGGAGGAGAGCGGAGGAGAGAAGCGAACAGGAGAGGAGAGGAGAAGAGGAGGAGGACGGACUGUCUCCCCCCCCCCCUCCCCUCCGACGGGCUGGAUUAUACUCUGCGGCAUCCCGGCACUUCAAUCAUGUCUUUGGGGAGUAAAGGACCCGGUGGGAUUAUUGCGCUGAUCCUCUCGCAGCUGCUCAUCUCCUGUGGGACAGGUGCGGAAGAAGCAUGUGACGGCCCGCUGGUGUCCAGUCUGCCGCCGCCGUCCUUCAGAAGCUCCUCCCAGCUGUCCAGCAGCCAUGGGCCGGUGUUCGCCAAAGUCAACAGGAGAGAAGGAGCCGGAGGUUGGUCUCCGCUCGUCUCCGACAGCUACCAGUGGCUGGAGGUGGACCUGGAGAGGCGGACCCAGAUCACGGCCGUCGCCACGCAGGGACGGUACGGCAGCUCCGAUUGGCUGACGGCCUACCUGUUGAUGUUCAGCGACACAGGGCACAACUGGAGACAACACCGGCAGGAAGACAGCUUAGGGGCUUUCCCGGGUAACAGCAAUGCCGACACUGUGGUCCAGUACAAACUGGAUCAGCCCGUCAUAGCUCGCUACCUGCGCCUGAUCCCUCUCGACUGGAACCCCACCGGGCGGAUCGGACUCAGACUGGAAAUAUAUGGAUGUCGAUAUACUUCUGACGUGGCAAACUUCGACGGCAGCAGCAGUCUGGUCUUCAGGCUGAGCAUCCGGCCGAGCCGGACGGCGACGGAGACGAUCGCGCUGAAAUUCAAAACCAUGAAGAACUCCGGGACGCUGCUGCACGCCGAGGGCCAGAGGGAUCACAGCCUCUCCCUGGUGUUGGAGAAGGGACGGCUGCUGCUCUAUCACCAACAAGAUGUGAGCUCAUCCUCCGGCGGUCGGCUGCUGGUGUCUCUGGGCAGUCUGCUCGACGACCAACACUGGCACCACGUGAAGCUGGAGCGGCACAGCGCGCACCUCAACCUGACGGUGGACAGAGCCGCGCGGCAGGUUCACACGCCGGCCGAGCUCAGCCACUGGGAGAUCCGCCAGCUGAGUGUGGGAGCUGCCCAGAGCCACGGACUGCAGAAGCCCAUCCUGUCCAACAGGAAUUUCCAUGGCUGCCUGGAGAACCUGCUGUACAAUGACCUCAACCUGAUCAACCUGGCUGAGCAGAACAACCACCAGGUCACCGGAGUGGGCAAUGUGACCUUUUCUUGCGCCGAGCCAGUUUCGGUCGCGGUGACGUUCACCGACCCGCGCAGCUUCCUGCAGUUGUCCGGACUGACGUCGUGGUCGUCGGAGGUGGUCGCCGUGGCGCUGCAGUUCCGGACGUGGAACCGGGCGGGGCUCCUCUUGACCUUUGACCUGCCCCGGCCGGAGAGCACAGUCCGGUUGUACCUGAGCGAGGCCCGACUGCGCCUGCAGAUCGACAGAGCGGGCCGGGCCACGCUGGAGCUCAGCGCGGGCUCAGGGCUGAAUGACGGUCAGUGGCACGCGGUGGAGUUGAUCUCGGGACCAGACUGUCUGAGCAUCACCGUGGACAAAGACGAGGGCGCCACCGCUCACACCAGCGUCCCGCUCCCGCUGACCGCAGACAUUCAACUCUUCUUCGGUGGUUGUCCCGAGCAGAGCGGUCGUGGAUGUACGAACCCCUUCGGCACGUUCCAGGGCUGCAUGCGACUCCUGACGCUGGACGACCGAACCGUGGACCUGAUGAAGGUGCAGCAGAGGCUGCUGGGAAACUACAGCCACUUGCAGAUGGAUAUCUGUGGCAUCAUCGACAGGUGUUCGCCCAGUCACUGUGAACACGGAGGUCGAUGUUCUCAGUCAUGGAGCAACUUCCACUGUAACUGCUCCACCAGCGGCUACAGGGGAGCCACCUGCCACAGCUCGACAUAUGAGCAGUCGUGUGAGGCGUACAAACACAAAGGCAACACAUCGGGACAUUACUACAUAGACGUAGACGGCAGCGGACCAAUCAGACCCCGGCUCAUCUACUGCAACAUGACAGAGGACCGAGCAUGGAUGGUGAUCCAGCACAACAACACGGAGGUGACCAGGGUUCAUCCGUCCCCCGAGCAACACCAACACUCCGCCCACUUCCACUACGCCCCCGAGGAGGCGCAGCUGGCGGCCAUCAUCAGCCAGUCGGAGCACUGUGAGCAGGAGCUGUCGUACCGCUGCAGGAAGUCCCGCCUCCUCAACACGCCAGAGGGGGCUCCAUUCAGCUGGUGGGUGGGAGGUCCGGGCGCAGGUCAGGUCCAGACCUACUGGGCUGGAGCUGAGCCGGCCAGCCGUCAAUGUGCCUGCGGUCUGCAGGACAACUGUCUGGACCCGAACCACUACUGCAACUGCGACGCCGACUACGACCAGUGGGCGAACGACUCCGGCCUACUCACCCACAAGGAGUCCCUUCCAGUGAGGUCUCUGGUGCUGGGUGACAUCCAGCGGCCCGGGUCGGAGGCCGCCUACAGGGUGGGACCCCUCCGUUGUCACGGGGACAAGAACUUCUGGAACGCGGCGUUUUUCGACAAGGAGACGUCUUACCUGCACUUCCCCACCUUCAACGGCGAGCUGAACGCAGACAUCUCCUUUCUGUUCAAAACCACAUCCUCCUCCGGGGUCUUCCUGGAAAAUCUGGGCAUCAAGGACUUCAUCCGCAUCGAACUCAGCUCCUCCUCCGCGGUCGUCUUCUCCCUCGACGUCGGCAACGGGCCGCUGGAGGUGCGGGUGGAGUCGAGCGUCCCGCUGAACGACAGCCGGUGGCACAGCGUGCGGGCCGAGCGCAACGUGAAGGAGGCCUCGCUUCGCGUCGACCAGCUCCCCGCCGCCACGCAGGAGGCGCCUGCCGAGGGACACGUCCACCUGCGGCUCAACAGUCAGUUGUUCAUCGGAGGCACUGCGUCCAGACAGAAGGGCUUCCUCGGCUGCAUCCGCUCGCUGCAGCUCAACGGCGUCACGCUGGACCUGGAGGAGCGGGCGAAGAUCACGCCCGGCGUCCGGCCCGGCUGCCCGGGUCACUGCGGCAGCUACGGCGCGCUGUGCCGGAACCAGGGCCGCUGUGUGGAGAGGACCAGCGCUUUCUCCUGCGACUGCGCUCAGUCCGCGUACACGGGGGCCUUCUGUCAUGAAGAGGUGGCCGCCAGCUUCAAGUCGACAAUGUCCGUCGCCUACAUCCUCCGUCCGCCGCACGAGCUGAGCAGCAACGGCAGCGUCCCGCCUCCGUCCGUCCACUCCGACACGUCGCCGAGGGGGGAGAACGUCUCGCUGAGCUUCAGGACCCUCCAGAGUCCGGCUCUGCUGCUCUACGCCGACUCCCUGGACAGAGAAUACCUGGCGCUGCUUAUCAACCGACACGACGGGUUGGAGCUGAGGUACAAGCUGCACAGCAGCAGGGACGUGGAGGUGCUGGCCAGCGGAGUUACCAGCCUGGCUGAUGGACGUCUGCACACGGUGACCAUCGGGAGACGGGCGGACGCCGUGUCUGUGCAGAUUGACCAGAAUGCCAGAGAGGACUUCAACUUGUCGUCUGAUGUGGAGUUCAGCAGCAUCAAGUCGCUCGUUCUGGGCAGAGUGCCGGGGUCUUACGAGCUGGACACGGAGCUGGCCGAGCUGGCCUCCCUCGGGUUCACCGGCUGUCUGUCAGCCGUUCGCUUUGACUCCGUCAGCCCUCUGAAAGCUGCUCUGCUGCACCCCGACGGCGACGUCGUCGUCGUCACCGGCCCCCUGGUGCAGUCGAGCUGCGGCUCCUCCUCGCCGGCCAAGACCCACACAGCAGAAACCACGCACUCCUUAUCAGACCAACCUGGUUCAGCUGAUCCAGGUCAACCGUUAGUCAACGCCAUCAGGAGUGACUCUGCUCUAAUCGGAGGGUUGAUCGCCGUGGUGAUAUUUGUCACUGCGUCCGCUCUAGCGAUCAUGGCCAGAUUUGUCUGCAGCAGAAAGGAGACGUAUCGAAGCCGGGACGUCAAAGCAGCGCAGCCCGACGACGGCGGCGGCCAGGAGUUCCCCGCCAGCGGCCGGGCGGACUCCCAGGUCGCUCCCGGUGACAACCGAAAGGAAUAUUUCAUUUAGAGGGACCGGAGCCUUGAACUCCCAACGACCUCACAGGACAGAGUGGGAUAACUGACGGAGCGCUCGGUGCUUUACCAAGACACCACGGAGCCUCGCAGCCGCUGGCGCCAGUGCAUGAACAAGGUGUGAAGUCAGGAAUGGAACGAUUCUAUUCAUCCCCCUCUGUUUGUACAUGUUGUACACUUUACGCACUUGCAAAAUGUGUUAAAGGUGGACUUAAAGUAGACUUUGGGUCGUCAAUGCUGUGAUUUUGAGGAUGUAAAUAUUUGAAAAAUAUUCCAAAAAGAAAAUGUGUCUGCUUACAACACUGUAUUCCUCUGCCCCUUACUGUACUGUUACAAAUUAUUUAUUAAAACAAGGAAAAAAUACAGAAUAGAUGUAAUGAUCACAACACAACUUUGUUCCAGUUAUACUAGACUUUUGGAUGUCAUUUAUAAGCAGCAAUUUCUUUUGUACGAGGACGAUAUGUGGAAAAGCUCGAGAUGUCAGAGCCAUACGUGUCAAAACUGGAGGAUACGGAUUCCGCUGAGCGGAGCGUUGACGCGUGCGACCUUCGCGUGUGAAAAGCUCGGCCAAAAGCACGAAGCCAGAAUCCGCUAAAAUCAUCUGCUGUACAUAUGGAAUCAAACAAUUAAAGUCACAAUUAAAACUUUACUUCCACACUGUG